AUGAAGCCAACCCGCCCACCGAAUUUGGAAGAAAAUUAUGUGAUUAUCGAGAAUGGAUCGUGGAGGAUAAAAGCGGGAAUUGGUGUUAGCGAUACCAACCAGAGCCCGUCAGUGGUUAUUCCUGCAGAAGUUGCCAAGCAGACUGAGAACGACUCGGAUAAACAAAAUAUUGAAAAUUUGGGUCGACAAGAGAUCUCUUCGACUUCUGAUAAUUCUGGUCCGAAUUCACCUGAUAAUACAACUUCGAAAUCGACUGCAAAAGAACAAACUUAUAUAUGUGGAUCCCAAUUAAGGGAACUCAAAGAAAGCUGUAACAUCGUAACAACUUUUCCAAUACAACGUGGUGUGAUCGUUAAUUGGGAAUACUUAGAAGCCUUAUGGCGUCAUGUUAUCUUGAAAGAAUUAAACAUCAAAAGAGCUCGUAACGAAUGUCCUGUGCUUAUUACAGUCCCCAACAGCUGGACAAAAGAACAUUUUGAACGAAUAGCUCAUAUUUUUUUCGAAACUUUUAAUGCUCCUGGACUUUAUAUUGCCAAUCAAGCCUUGAUGACUCUGUAUGGUAUCGGUUGUCUUAGCGGCCUUGUAAUUGAUGUUGGAUACGGUAAAACCGAAAUCACUCCAAUAAUUGAUUGCUCCAUCCAAUAUCAUGUAGCUUUGACGAUACCAAUUGCUGGUCAAGAUUUUGAUGAAUAUUUUCUUUCAUUGUUGCUAUCUGAUUCUCAAUUUUUAAUGGAGUAUGGUGAAACUCCAGAUAUUGAAUUCGCAAGAACACUCAAGGAAUCAGAUAAUAUUUGUGAGAUUCUUUCAGAUGGUGAUUCCAUAGAGGACAGACCAGAUAGAAUAGAAGCUGAAUAUAAUGGAAGGAAGUUUACAAUUGGUCCUGAACGUUUUCAAGUUGCCGAACCUAUUUUCAACCCUCUUUUAAUCAAUAAAGUAGGGGCUCUUUCUUUAUCUGAGGCUAUUUAUCAAGCAAUAUCUUAUUGCGAACCAGACAAACGAAAUAUAUUAUGGGAAAAUAUUGCUUUUACUGGUGGUUCAUCUUUACUUAAAGGCUUUAAAGAACGUCUUGAAAAAGAGUUAUCCGUAUAUCUUUAUGCUUCGGACAAUUCUGGCGAAUACCAAAUCAAAGAAGCAAGAUUUUUAAAAUUACCCGAGUAUUUUUCUACCCUUAAAGAUAGACCGGAAUUGGCUGGAUACUUGGGUGCUGUCAUUACAGCUAAACUUUCUUUUCCUGACCCUAAAGGUUUUAUUAAUAAAGUCGAUUACAAUGAGCAUGGACCAAGCGUG